UCUCUCCUCGCGCUUUUCCCCCACUCCUUUAAUUAACCCCUCGCCCUUCUCCAUUCGCCGCCAACCCCACAUCCCCACCCCGAACUGCCCACCUCCACCGCCGCCUCGCCGGAACCCUACCUCAAGCCAGGCGUACGCUUUCCCGGCGAUCCCCGGCGGGACGAUCGUGACCCGGCGCAUCUCCGCGCAAGGUGGUCACGUAUUCACGGUACCUUUGCACGCGCCGCCGCUCCCUCCGCCGGAGCCCGGAGGAGACCAUGUCGGAAGGCGCCCGGCCGGCGGCCGCCGCGCGGCAGAUCGUGAAGUCGCUACAGCGAUGCGGACGGCUCUCUCUGGAGCGUCCGCCCUUCGGCGCUGCUCUCGGCGACUAUCACCAGUUCCCCCGGCCGUCGCCGUCACCUGCUGCUGCAGCGGCAGCGGCAGCGACCCCCGGCGGUCGCGAAGAAUUUGAUGAGGGUAUCGUCAUCAGGACGCCGAUAAAAAGAAAAGCUCCCUAUGGAGAAUGUGAUACUGCUGAGUCAACCGGAUUGAGUAUGGCCAGUUCUGGGUUCAUUCAAGGAGUUGGCAGUCCACGAAUGACCCCAAUUUCUGGAAAUACUGCUAGGAAAUACAAGUCAUCAAAGUCUGAAUACACCAAAGCUGGACCUCAGACACCCACAUUAAAUGCUGCAGGUUCACCUGGCAACCCACCUACUCCUGCUGGUACUUGUCGCUAUGACAGUUCAUUAGCACUGUUGACAAAAAAGUUCAUCAAUCUGCUCAAGGAGGCUGAAGAUGGAAUUUUAGAUUUGAACAGCACAGCAAAGACGUUAGGUGUUAAAAAGAGGCGCAUUUAUGACAUUACAAAUGUCCUUGAAGGAAGUGGUCUGAUAGAAAAGAAGUUGAAGAACAGAAUCUGUUGGAAGGGUUUGGAUAAAUUGGGACCUAACUUGGAUGAUGAUCUUUCAGUUCUGAAGACAGAUUUUGGAAAUCUUAAUCUACAGGAGCAAGCAUUAGAUGAACAUAUAAGUAAAAUACAGGAAAAGCUGAAGGACUUAACUGAAGAUGAAAGCAACAAGGGGUGGCUAUUUCAUACUGAAGAUGACAUCAUGGGGGUGCGCUGCUUUCAGAACCAAACACUAAUUGCAAUAAAAGCACCUCAAGGGUCUUCUUUGGAAGUGCCCAAUCCUGAUGUGAUGAUUGGCGAUAGCCUUCAAAGGAGAUAUAGACUAGUAAUACGGAGUACAAUGGGUCCAAUUGAUCUUUACUUGGUUAGUAAAACUGAAGAAAAAAUGGAGGGAAAGCUGGGUGAUGCUGCAGAACCAGCAGGGCACACAGAUGUGGCGAAGCAUGGCUCCAUAGAACGCCCCAGUGCAAAAAGAGCUUGGGAAAGGAGUAGAAAGGAGGAGGUGGCGCUUAAGGCUCAGAAGACUCAGAAAACUCCAGAUCUAAAUCCCCCAUGUCAUUCUGAAGGAGUGCUGAGGAGGAUUAAUCCUUCAGAUGUUGACAGUGGAGCAGACUACUUGCUGCUUACAGACUAUGAUGUUAGCAUCACUGAUAUGUGGAGAACAGAGGAAAUGCAGUUGGAUGAGAUAGACCCCAAUGAUUUCUUAGCUGAAGUGGUGAGCUCACCAGAGACACUCGAGCAGUAGCCAGCUGCAAUUGGUGUACGUACAGCUGUGGGCUCUAACCAAGGUAUUACUACGCUGGAUGUUUUGGAACGAACUGAGCUCAUUUUGGAUGGCAAUGCUCCUUUUGAGACUCCUGGGAGGGGUGGUUUCUACCACGUCACACGUCCUUUCUCCGUGUGGAAGGCAGGAUACAGCCGUUGAGCUAUGCCUGGUGAGAUAGGCCUUUUGCUGUGGUUGCUGUCACACAUUUGGUGGCUUAUACAGCAAAUGUGUAUCAGUGGCAUGGAUGCAGAACAAUGCGGCAAUCAGGCGUAUAAACUGAACCGCUGGUUACAGAGGUGCAUGCCUCCAACUUGUAGGGGGUCAGGCUUAUGUGUUAUGCCCACCUGAUUCUGCCUUUGGACGGCGCCACAAUUUUUGUGUACAUACUAUGCCUAGGCUGCCUAGAUGUGUAGCAAGUAAGUAAUGUCAAGCAUCUUCAGCAAAUCCCAUGCUGAAAACUGUAAACCUCAUCGCUAAACUCUGAAGCAAGUGCAUUGUCAGCUUCUAGUUUAAAAA